AUGUCUAGCAAUAGAGGUGGCCGCUUUAGCAGAGGCCAGGGUGAUAGUUGGGGCAACCCCCAAGGUACCCGUCGCCGUACUCAACAUAGGCGCAUCUCCCAACUGCAGGGUGAUGUUAAGCCCACCGCACGGAACCUCCUCCCAUCCGAGAUGGUCAAACCCAACAAAGUUUUCGUCCCAGGGAUGAGACUCGAAGGCUGCGGGCUCGGCUUCGAGGAUAUAACAGCCUAUUACCAAACCGGUAAGGGCACUCUCGAAGACCCGAUGGUUGUCUGGCUUGACGACGACGCAAGAGUCGGUUACCAAAGUCGCCAGGCUCAUAAUGAGAUUGCCCGUAGCGUUGCCCGGGCCAACAAGUUCCAGUGCGUCCUCAUCCGCAAGGCCAUGCACGACAGAGAAUGCACCUAUGACAAGUACGGCAGACGCAAUAGCGUGUGCAUGCCCGACGGCAGGAUCCAUAACGUCACUACUCAAGCUGACAACCACAUGACGGUGUGGAUGGGCGAACAUAUGAAGAGGAUUCUUGUGGGUGGCCAUAUCUACGUCGUCAGGGCCAUAGACCCCGCGACCCGCAAGCCCUAUCCAUUGCCUAUGGAUGACCCCGUGAAUCAACGGAACAAAGCCCUCCUCCAGCCGGGCCGGGGAUUGGCCUCGGAAGAGUUUUGGCUGGUCAAGGAUACCUGGGAGAGAUUCAGCUAG